CCUGAUCCUACCAUCGGUAUCUCGGCUCCAAUCUCUUCCUUUUCCGCCACAGGUCCCAUUCUCGUGGACCACGGCGCUGGGAUCGCGGCCGCAGAUAUACCUGGGAAGCAUUUUCCUGCCGAAACUUAUGGUCCGGACGGAAAUCUCUCGCUGGCUACCCUGGAAGAGCCGGGAGCCAUUGGAUGCCAGAGGGAGAAUGGGAGAUGCACGGCUUCGUAUCUCUUCUCCAAGGACGGAGGCACGUUCCUGCUUCGAAUACACCUCCAGGGCAUUGGAGCAGGCGAUAUCAUCUGUCUCGAGAAGACCAACGACCGCUGGGAAGAGAUUACCGAGAAGGACUAUAUGGAGAAGAUGACGAAGAGGAACAAGAAUUUGGUGAGGAGAACUUAUUCCCUGGAAAACUUGUCGGAAAGAGGAAACACGGCUGUCUCUCCAGGAAUGGAGAAUGGACCCUGGAAACUCAGGUCCAGCGCCUCCAUGGAGAGACUGACGGAGGAUGUUCCUCCGACACCUCAGGAAGUUUUAGAGGAGGAUAUUACCCUUUGGCCUGACCUACCAUAUCUGGACUCAGACCCAGAGGAGACUGAAAAUUCGGACAAUUCACAAGCCGGUAAUUUGAAAUUUGAGAUGGCUGCAAACACACAUAUUGGC